CAACUGCUCGUUAAGUGUCUCUCUUGUGUGACUCCUUAAAUCUUACCUACCAGUUAAAGACAAUUCUAGUAUUAUGUUUCUUUCUUCCCCUCCCAUGGCUUUCAUAUCCACCAUUUUCUUAGUCCUGUCCAUAACCAUUGUAGGUGGAAUUGCUCAACCAAAUCAAGCUAGCCUAAUAAGCUUCGACAAUUCACUUCGCUACCCUCAUUCCUGGCUUUCUCCUUCUAAGCGAUUUGCAUUUGGGUUGUAUCAGCAAGGCAGUGGCUUUGCGGUGGGAAUUUGGUUGGUCGGUAUGGAAAACAAAACAAUUGUCUGGACAGCAAAUCGUGACAAACCACUGGUCACCUCAAAUGCAGUGGUGGAAUUUGCCAGGGAUAGUGAGCUUCUGUUAAGAACAGAGCAAGGACCGGAACUAGUCAUUGCUAGUGCAGAAGUCCCCGUUUCCUAUGCCGCCAUGCUUGAUUCUGGCAAUUUUGUACUUUAUGACAGGGAAUACAAUAUCGUCUGGAUGAGUUUUGACAAUCCUACUGAUACCAUUUUAGGAGGUCAGACUCUGUUGGCUGGAAAACAACUGUACUCCAGUUUUAGUCAGAGCAAUCACUCAUUCGGACGGUUUCUUCUUGCAAUGCAGUCUGAUGGAAACCUUGUUUCAUACCCGGUGAACAGUGAAAAAACUGCGCCAGAUGCCUAUUGGCAUACUGGCACUUCUGGGAGUGGUUACAACCCGGAAGAUAUUUAUUUUGUCCUUGAUCUUAAUUCUACUGGCAGAUUAAUCGUUUUCAAUAAGAACGAUUCAGUAACCGUCGCUAUCUUGUAUGAAGAAUCAGCCAGCAACUUCAACAACAACAACAACAAUACCAUAUAUCGUGCGACUCUUGAUGUUGAUGGAGUUUUCCGAUUGUACUCUCACACCUACUAUGAGAGUAGAAACUACAGAGUAUCUCGUUUGUGGUCAUCGUUAAACAGUUCAUGUUUGGUAAAAGAUAUCUGUGCCUUAAACAGCUUUUGUGCAAUAAAUGACAACCAAACCACCUGCCGUUGCCUUCCUGGGCAUGAUUUUGUAGACCACAAUCAAAGUAAUCUAGGCUGUAGCAGAAAUUUUUCAGAAGCAGAGUGUAGAGGUGGGAAAGGGAAUGCAGCUUUUUAUAACAUGACUACUAUGGAGAAUAUGGAGUGGGGAGACACUCCGUAUAUUGCUGAACAAAUGUCAAAGGAAGAUUGCAGCAUCUCAUGUUUGGAAGACUGCAAUUGUGGGGCGGCACUCUUCGUGAAUAAUCAUUGCCAGAAACAACAGUUUCCACUGAAAUAUGUUAGAAGAGUAGACUACGGGUACGCAGCGUUCUUGAAGGUGGGUCUUAUCCAAAAGAGGCGACAGCCACCCAUUCUUUCUAAAAUAGCGAUGGUACAGAUUGUUCUUGUAACUUCAGGUUUUACUAUAUUGUCAUGCGUAGCUCUUGCAAUCUUUGUCUGUUUCAUUCUCAAAAUUCGAGUUUUAACUUACAAAAGGACGUUAAAGAAGGGAAAUUUGGGCCUGCCUGAGCAGGUAACCUUGAGAUUGUUCACAUAUACCGAGCUCAAAAGAGCAACAAAUAGUUUCAAGGAAGAGUUGGGUAAAGGGUCUUUUGGAACAAUUUACAAAGGUGCUCUAAACAAAGGUAAAAAACUUGUUGCAGUAAAGAGACUGGAGAAAUUAGUUGAAGAAGGUGAAAGAGAGUUCCGCGCAGAGAUGCGAGCAAUUGGAAGAACCCAUCACAGGAACUUGGUUCGGUUGCUGGGUUUCUGUGCAGAGGACUCUAAAAGGCUUCUAGUUUAUGAAUACAUGAGCAAUGGUUCCCUUGCUAACCUACUGUUUGGGGCCAUAUUGCGUCCAGAUUGGACUGAGAGACUGAGAAUUGCAUUGGAUGUUGCAAGAGGAAUUCUCUAUCUACAUGAAGAGUGUGAGGCCCCUAUCAUUCAUUGUGAUAUAAAGCCUCAAAACAUUUUGAUGGAUGAUUGUUGGAAUGCUAAAAUCUCUGACUUUGGGCUGGCCAAGUUCUUAAUGCCAGAUCAGACAAGGACCUUCACAGGGGCCAGAGGAACAAGAGGGUAUGUGGCACCGGAAUGGCAUAAGAACAUCCCUAUAUCAGUGAAGGCAGAUGUUUACAGUUAUGGGAUUGUGCUCUUGGAAAUUGUAUGUUGCAGAAAGAACAUAGAUGUUAACGCAUCCGCUGAGGAGAUUGUCCUUUCUUCUUGGGCCUAUAAGUGCUUUGCAGCUAGAGAUUUAUAUAAGCUUGUGAUUGGUGAAGAGGUAGAUAUGAUGAGCUUGGAGAAAAUGGUGAAGGUGGGACUGUGGUGUAUUCAAGAAGAACCAGCUCUUCGUCCCUCUAUGAAGUGUGUUGUCUUGAUGUUAGAAGGUAUUACUGAAGUACCAGUUCCCCCAUGUCCAACUACUCCCUCCAUGUAAUCGAUUUCGCCUAAAGUUUAAAUUUUUGUUUCUCAUUUGUACAAAUAAGUGGUGACACAUGAUGCAUGGGCGUGUUGUAUUUUCAUUUUGAAACAAAUGUAUUACUUAUGUGAAAUUCUCAUGUAAUAAAUGUUUAGAGAAUUACUUGAAACAA